AUGAAUAGUGGAAAAGCGAGAGUACCAAAAUGCGCUAGAUGCCGUAAUCAUGGCUUGAUCUCCAGUCUCCGUGGUCAUAAGAAAGCUUGUGCUUAUCGCAACUGCCAGUGUCCUAAGUGUGGCUUGAUCAAAGAACGACAGAGGAUUAUGGCGGCUCAGGUGGCGUUAAAAAGGCAACAAGCGGCAGAGGAUAAAAUUGCUCUUCAUUUAGCGUCAGUGGAGAGCGGGACGUCUUUGGAGGCUUUGCCACCGGGAAGAAUCUAUGGUAUGAGGGUCACGGGACCUUGCCAAAGUCCUGGGCCUGAGCCAGAUUCCGCUGCUGAUGAUCAUACUCCGAUUCACAUAGACAGUGAGACCAGUGAUUCUCUUCCUGACUGUUGUUCUCCUGAUUCAUCAGAUCGUACUCUGGGACUUCGGCCUUGCGGAACUACAAACGAAAAUUCCGAAAGUGCAAACCCGGUCAGUACAGCAAGUUUGGAAAUGUUAAAGAAGUUAUUUCCUGGAAAAAAGCGAUCAGUCCUCGAAUUGGUUCUACGAAGAUGCAACCACGACUUACUGCGAGCUGUUGAACAUUGCAAUGCUAUUCAGGGCUCCAAAGAAAAAUUGCCAACCAUAGUACCACCUUUGAGCUAUGAAUUGCCCAACCCAGAAGAACCUUCCAGAUGGUCAGCCUUCAGACCUGUAGGGCCUCGUACACCCUCGCUUAUGUCGGCUUUGGUUAUGGGCAGGGUAUGUGGGUCUGAUUGGUUGGUGCCUCUUCCUGCGUUACCAGCUCUGUCUGCUCCUCUACUAUUACCGUUCCAACACCCACAUGCCCCACCACCUUGCAACCCCUGUGCGCCUGAUUGUCGACAGUGUAACAGCCAUCAUUAG